UUCUAAAAAACAAGUGUUAUUAUAGUGUAUAAAUACCUGUUAUAGAAUUGCGUUUAGUUUUUUCAAUUAAAACGUCAAUCAGUGAUCGCGUUUCGUUCGUUCGUGUGUUUUAUUUUAAAAAGAAAUAAUAUUAAGAUUAGUGUUUUAUCGGAUUAUUUUUUGUAGAUUAAAAUAUUUUAUGUAAUGUUAAAUGGUGUGGUGAUAAUCUUAAUGAAUUAUUUUAGUGGUUAAAUGUUUAAUUUAAAAUGUUAAUAUUGGAGUUUUUGCCGAAUUGGGACUAAUAGUAACUGUGGAGAAUGGUAACCAUCAAAUUGCAGAUAGUAUUGACGACUUGAGUUCAGGAGACAAGGCAGAUUCUAUUGACUUUAGAAGUGACACAACUACAGAUAAUAUGGAGGGGGAAGAAAAGAUUAACGAGGAGAGGAAGUCAAAGAUCCCGAUGUCGCGGCUGAAGCAGGUCGCGGAGAGAGUGAAGCGAGAGAGACAGGCGCAGAGGGAGAAAGCUAAACCUCGCAGAUCAUCAAUACCAAAGCUGAAAGAUCCAAAAAAAGUCAAAAGGGACACCUCACUAAACAUCGAACCACAAGUAGACGAUGAAUUCGAAAAACUAUACGAAGAAAUAGUAGACGACAAACCAGUAGAAAUAGAAGUUAAACUACCAGUAGUCUCAAUAGACGACCCUGAAAAAAUUGAGACGAAAUUCGAAGAACUCAUACACGCUUAUGAUGAAGAAGAGACAGUAGUUGAAGAGAUAGUAGUGGACGAAUUAGUAGGAGAAGAAAAAGUAGUUGACGAAUUAGUAGGAGAAGACAAAGUAGUUGACGAAUUAGUAAGAGACGAAAAAGUAGUUGACGAAUUAGUAGGAGACGCAAAAGUAGUUGACGAAUUAGUAGGAGAAGAAAAAGUAGUAGAACAAGCAGUAGAAGAAGUAAGACCAAGCAUUUCUAAGGUAUCCAAAAUACCAGCGCUAAGUAAGAAAGAAGAUAGUCCAAGUAUGAGAGCGUUAAUGGAAAGAGUUAAAGAAGUAAGUGCUGCAGAAGCUGAACUAAAAGAUGGAGGGUUUAAAGUAACAUCUUCUAAUAUAAGGACUAAAAGAUACUCUAGAGGUAACUCUGAGUUAAGUAGAGAUGAACAGCGAAUUGAUUCUAUAGAAGAAAUUGAGGAUGAUAGCGCUUUUGAUGUAGAUAAUGCACAAAGUACUGAUAAAGAUGGUGAUGUUAGUAAAAGUGAUAAGAAAGCAACAAAACCUAGGUCCAUUCGUAAGAAAUCUGAACUUCUAGAACAACAACGUCAAGCUAAGCUUAGAGAAGAUUUGAGAAGAAAGCAGAAACAAUUGAGAAAUGGCGUUGAAGAUUCAGUUGUAGUUGAUAAAGUCGGUGAUAAUAUUGACGAUUUAAAUGCCGUUCUAAUGAAAACAGAGAGGAUUGUUCGUAAUAUCUCUAGAGAAAUUAAUGAAGACAAGAAAAGUAUUAUUAAUACUGAAACAGUGACUACUGAAGAACAAAAUGAUGGAGGUGUAAGGACGAUUACUACUACAACUACUGAAACUUUUGUAGUAGAUAGUCCAGUUGUACAUGAAAAAAUCAUCCGUAAUAUUAGCAAAGAUAGUACUGGAACUAUCGAAGUUAUAACUGAAGAGAAACCAAAGAAAGCAGCCUCAAGUAUUCCAGUAAAAACCGAAAGAUUUACUCGAGGCAUCAGUCGAGAAAUGGGCAACUUUAGACAGAGUAUUCAUAGAGAAGUUAGCCAAUCUAAAGAAGACCUUAAUGCCACUGAUAAUAAGGUCGAUAACAAACCAGUUGUGAAGAAAGAAACAAUGAGAGUUGAACAAAUUGAAAAGGAAGGUAUUAAGAUUGGUAUACCAGUGUUUAUAACUAUUACAAAGAUAAGUAGAAGUUACUCCAAAGGUAAGAUACAGAAUGUUGAAAUGACCAGGACUAUAGAAUGGAAACCAGCUGAUGUGGUGACAAAUAAAGCCUUAAAUCGCAGUACAAGUGAAGCAAUUACUAAAAACGAACUAAAAGACGCCAAAAGAGAUUUCAAAGCCCCUGUAUCUGAAACUAAUAACAAUAACAUCAAUGGAGAUACAACAAGAGAUACAGUUAUAGAAAAUAACAUAAAAGACACAGUCAAAGCUCAAGCAAAAACAAAAUCUAUUAGAAAAGUCACAGAGUUCAAAACAGAAGAGCAAGUUACUAACGAAGAAAGAACUACGUUUACUCUAAGUAGAAGCGUAGAUUUGAGUCUGGAUAACGAUUUUAAAACAGCCAGAGCUAUUGGAACUCAAAUGAGCGUUGACGGGCAAAAUAUUGAUAGAGAUUUCAAAAUAGGUAAAGAUGCAAGCACUAGAAUUAGUGUUAUUAAUGAAAAAUUGGAUCCUAAAGACCUAAAACCUUCAAGAGAAAUUGGCACACAAAUGAGCGUUGACAUGUCUAAAACACAUGAAGAAAAUAAUAAAGUACCACUUGUACUAGAAAAGAAAGAGACAGCAGAUAGUAAUUUGCCUGUGAAAGAAAAGGAUAGCGAUAUUGCUCAAGUUACUACGUUGAAAGGUAAUGUGAGUAGAUUGAAAGAAAAGAUGGGCAAAGAUAAAGAAAUAGGUUCAAAGAAAGAGAAAGAAGAAGAAUUUCCUAAGAAGAAGUCUGUGCUAUCUAAAAUUGCUAUGUUUGAGCGCCUCGAAAGAGAUCCGAUAGAGCAGCUGCCACUGCGUAAAUUAAAAUGCAAAUAUAAACCGCCCACCACAACAACAUACCAAACUGAAGACACAGAAGAAAUAACUAACACAGUUGCUACAGAACCAAAAGAAGAAACACAAAUUGAACCUAAUACUAAAGAAGAUAAAGUUCAAAUCAGCGUGACAUACGAUACAGUUGCUUAUACUAAUGAACCAAUCAUAGUUAAAGAGUAUUUGAAAUCGGAAUAUGAUGAAAAUCUUUUAAAAGACAAUGAAAUAAGUAAAGAGGUUACAAUAGUCAAUACCGUAGAUACUACAAAUGUAGAUGAUUCGGAAUAUACAGAACCAGUGAGUCCUUUGCCAGAAAUUGUUGAUUUAAAUCCUAAAGAAAGUGUAAUUGAAAUACCUAAAACGCCAGAACCAAGGAAAGAUACAGAAAUGCCAACAAUAUUCCCACCAAGAAGAGAUUACGAAGCAGAUAUAGGUAGAACGAGACCGGAGCUAAAUCUAAACAACUGGACCAGUCAAGUUGAAAUUAAUAAGAGCACAGUGGAUAAAGUAGCUGUUUUUAAAGAAGAACAAAUACAAGAAAUAGUCCAUACUUUACCUUCUAUUGACAUUAAAGCAUACGCCAGUCAAGUCUCGGUAAGCCAAGAAUUAUCUAGAAAUUUUGACGAUAAAACAAGUGAGGACAAUGAAAAAUCAGCUAAAGUUCUUUAUGGUAAGGUUAAAAUUCAAUUGGAAACAGCUCAAACUAUACCAGAAGUAAUUGACGUUACUCCUGUAAGUAAUAUUGUAAUUAGUGAUGAUUAUCAGAAUGUAGAUGAUGGUAAUCUACCACUAGAUGAAAAAGAGACACAGUCUUAUGAUUUAGCACCAGACACAACUCCUGGAUGCCCAGUCCUAACUGAAUUGGACUUUGAAACGUUAAAACUUAUGAAUAAAUCGCCAGAAACUCGCGAAAUACUUGUAGAAACUAGACCAAAACCAGGUAAACUAGACCUUAGUUUAUGGAAAAAUCGAGUUGAAGAAAACAGAAAUCAUAUUGGCAAAGAUAUUAAGAAUAAUCCUGAAAUGAAAAAGGAAGUUUCUACUAAAGUAUUUAAACCUAGACGGAUCAGUGAUACGGUGCCACUGAAAAACGAACUUAACGACGCUGGUAAUAAGGAUGAAAUUUCUGUAGUGAAAGAUAAUGAAACUAAUGAUAGUACUUAUAAAUAUGCAAUAACUGAUUCAGAUGUAACUUCGGACGAAAUAUAUACUUCAUCGUCUGAGUCUGAUGAGGAGAGUUAUAAAGGUAAAGAUAGGCAUAGAAUGCCAACUGGUGUGUCUAUGUACAAAAAAGAUGUUGAACCAUCUAAACCUAAACCAGGUAAGCUAGAUCUAAGUAUGUGGAAGAACCAGGUAGAGGCAAAUAGAAAUCUUGCUGAUUUCAAGAAAAAGCCUAAAAAAACUGAAAUAACAACUGAAGCACCUGCUAAGAAAGUAUUUAAAUCAUAUACUAAAGGAACUAGUGAUACAGUACAAGGGAAAGACGACCUUAAUAACGCUGGAAAUAAAGAUGAAACUCCUCAUACAGGUGCGGAUUAUAAAUCUGAGAUUCAAGUGGAAAUAGAGACUGUAUUACCUGAAACAGUAGAAGCAAAAUCGAUUGAAACUAAGCCUGAAACAGCAAAACCUCUUAUUGCAUUAAUUAAUGUUAACAAACAUGAAACAACAUACGUACCUAAUGACAAUACCAAUACAGAAGAACAUCCCAAACUUCUGCAAGGAAAAAUCGACCUUGAAACAGGGUAUACCUAUGAAUGUAAAGCUCAAAUUGGCGUGCAUGACCCAGACACUGUAUGCUUUACCUCAGCUGACUACGUAGAAGAAAACGUGACUACUUUACCAGCGAUUAUCACCUUUGAAACUGAUGACAUUAAGGUUGAAAAUCCUAAGCCUGGUAAACUUGAUUUGAAAGCUUGGGAGGAUCAAGUUGAAGCUAAUAAAGUACUUGUGGACAAAAUAGAAGCAGUAAGGAAUGAACAUCUUGAAGAUGUGGCUAAAACAUUGACUGGUAAAGUAGAUUUUGUUACAUUCGAACAUGUGGGUGAAGCAAGAAUGUUUCAAGCAACAGUAGACCUUAAUACACACGAUGAUAAAGUUGAAAUUGCUGAGGCAGAGGAUGAUUUAGACGCUGAUAUCGACGUAGAAUAUGAAAGCAUUAAACCAGAUAGUAAUAUCGCUCCGUUGAAUUAUAUAUUUCCUCGUCGAGCGUCAAGGGAUGAUCAACUUUAUAACGAAGGCAAUAGAGCUCAAAUUCUAAAUCAAUUAGUUUCUGAAUCACUCAGCGACCCUGAUCUAGUGAAAGAUGAACCAGUUCGAAAGCCUAAUUCCGAUAAAGACUCAGUCAUAGGCAGCGUAAAAAGGAAAUUGUACUUUCUAUCUAGCAUAAAUAGAGUUCAUAAUCCCAUAAUACGCGAAGAAUCAAGAGAAAAGGACGAUGUAGGUAAUGAUGAUAACACAAAAGCAGAUGCUUUUGAAACUAAAGCGUAUCUCAUAAACGAUUUAGGUCCAAAAUCGAAUGCAGCAAGCAUAGAAGACAUAGAAGCUCACACAAGCACUGUGACAGAGGAUAAUAAACCUACAACACCACCAAAUACAGCUCAAAUCGAAACAGCAGACGUAAAAGGGCGUUCAAACGAAAAUGUGUUUCAUUUUGAUGUAACAAGAGUUGAAAAUCGGAUGACAAGAAGUGUUUAUGAAGUUGGAGAGUUUAAAAAUUCUACGGAAGAUAUGCAAAGGGCGAAGUCUUUGGCAGAAUUGGACUUAGGUGAUGCUGUUCAGGGCAAAGUGAGGAGUAUUCUCAGUAGGAUCAAUUCUGUGGACUUCGGGAGACGGGAGAGCAUCAAGACUUCGAUCAGUGUCAAAGAAAUGCCCAGAAAGAUGUCUGUUUUGGAGAAAAUUGCACUUUUCGAGGGUAAACUAACGUCUCCAAAACCGGAGCCUCCGACGGAAGACACGCCUACUGAUAAUCAGGAGCCGGUGGCUGUACCUGGGCUCUCUGAAGAGGCGUAUUUGAAGAAGAUCCAGGAACUACAGUCUGCUAAGGUGCAGUUUGGCAAGAUGGACAAGAUGAAUUCCGUUGUCCUGUCUGAUGGGACGAAGAUGCCUGUUCUGACUGUUGGCACGGCUUUGUUGGACGCGCGCCUUCUAAAACAUAUUAUCGGCGCUGCGAUUGACAUGGGCUACCGUGCUAUCGAUACUGCCUACAUAUAUGGUAAUGAAAAAGAGGUCGGCGAAGCUAUACAAGCUAAGAUUGAUGAUGGGACUGUGACGCGGGAACAGCUAUACAUAAUGGGCAAGCUAUGGAGUACUUUCCACAAGACUGACCUGGUGGAGACUGCCUGCAAGAACUCCUUGGAAGCGCUGGGCAUCACGUACUUUGACCUGUAUAUGAUACAUAACCCUAUGUCUUUUAAGGAAGGUCCAGAUCCGAUUCCAAAAAUAGCAUCAGUGAUCCAAUUCUCCGAGUACGACUACCUUGAUGCGUGGUACGGCAUGGAGAGCUUGGUGAACAAGGGUCUAGCCAAGUCCAUAGGAGUCAGUAAUUUCAACUCCGUGCAACUGCAGCGGAUACUGGACAAGGGGAAGAUAGCACCAGUCGUGAACCAGGUGGAGUGCCACCCAUACCUCAGUCAACAGCGGUUGGAUGCUUUCUGCAAAGAGAAGGAUAUCCAGCUCAGUUGCUAUGGGGUUUUGGGAUCCAAGGGCACACCAGCAGAGUACAAGAACUCGACAUUCGCCGUCAUUGACGACCCGCUGGUGAAGGUCAUGGCGUCAGGACUCGGAGUCAGUCCUGCACAGCUUCUAAUUAGAUACCAAAUCGACAGCGGCCACAAUGUGGUGGUGAAGGCAUCCUGCGCCCCCCACCUGUGGGACAACCUACAGGCUCUGACGUUUGAGCUGGACAAACCGCAGGUCGAGGCGUUACAUGCGCUCAACAAAAACAAGAGGACUUUUACUUUUAAAGGAAUGGGCGAGACUCACAAAAACUACCCAUUCCUGGAGCCGUUUUAACUAACUAAAUUAUAUAUAAUAUUUGACAUCAAAACUUAGCAAUUCAAUUAGUUUUAUAAUAAUAAUGAUUUAACAAAAAAUAGACUAAAUCCGACAUAUAAUUCCAUAAUGUGACAUGUUUAAAUAAAAUCUUUUAAUGUUUAGUUUAAAAUACACAUAAAAUAAUUUAAAGUUAUUUAGUAUACAGGGUAAAUAAACAAAGCUAGAUUCAGUACAGAGACGGUAGCUAUUGUUAUACUAAAUUGUACGCUUUGUAACGAAGCCAUAUCUUUUGUAACUCAGUCGGCGCUAGACAACCAAUGGUUGCUGUCUCUGUAUUGAAUCUAUCUUUAUUUUCUUAGAUGUAUACUAAACUUUGCUGACUAAGUCAUACUUUAAAUAGACCAUCUAUUUUAACAAAAGUGAUGAGGAAACUAUUGAUGGUGUAUUUCAUCUUUUUAUCAUCGAAACAUACGUUUUUGCAUGACGCAUAUAACUAGUAGGAGAGCCAUGCUUCGGCACGAAUGGGCUGGCUCGACCGGAGUGAUACCACGGCCGAGCAGAAAACCGACGUGAAACAUCGCUUGCGUUGUUUUCGUUGUGUGAGUGAGGUUACCGGAGACCCUAUUACCCCCUUUCCAAUCUCCGAUUUCCCAACAAUCCUAAAAUGCCUAACUCCCAAAAGCCCGGUAACGUACUUGUAACGCCUCUGGUGUUUCAAAUGUCCAUGGGCGAUUGCUUACCAUCAGGUGAUCCGUCUGCUCGUUUACCGACUUAUACCAUAAAACUUUGGCGUCUAAAUGCAAUUUUAUAGACAACAUCAAU